GUGCUCUAUGUGUUGUCAUGUGGUGUAAACUAAUUCAAAAAAAUGGCGGCUGAAAAUAGUCAAGACGUUCCUAUGGAGGAAAUAGCUAGUUUAAAGGAACAGAUACAGAGCCUUGUGUCACUCAGACUACCAGGAUGUAAUGUGAAUCCACUGUGUGCAGAAAGUUUAAACAAGAGAAAAAGAAAAUGGAGAAAAAGGCACAAGACAAAUGCAGUUGAUUUAAAGGAAGACGCAGUUAGGGGCGAUGAAGAGGUUCGUUGUGAGAUGGAGGGCUUACUGAGUGCUGGUUGGGAGGUACAGAAUCAAUUGGCCUCUGCCCGGAAGGAAGGACUAAAUACUACAAGCCAACUACGUGCUGAAAAGUGGGAGCAUUGUCUACUAGCAAUUAACUAUCGUUUGGGUCAAUCUAAGCUGUCUCUGGAAGAUGUUCAGCAUCUGGCCCCCCGCCACGCUCCCUCUGUGCUCACUUCACAGCCUGUCAACAAUUACCAAGGGAUAAUAUUAGACUUGCAAGCUGCCCUUGCUAAAGCUCAGUCGCUCAGAACUGUUGGAAACAUGAAGCUUGCAGAGACGCCUCGAGUCCCCAUCAUCUCUCAGUCCUCCAAGACACCACUCACACCCCUCCAAUCGAUAGAUGUGCCACCUCUAGAAGAACCCCCUCUGGCACCACCCCUACCCCUUCAGUCAAUAGAUGUGCCACCUUUUGAAGACCCUCCUGUAACACUGCGCUCACUUCUCAAGCCAAUAGAUGUGACACCUCUAAAAAACAACCCUACAGAACCACAAAUACACCUUCAGUCAAUAGACGUUCCGCUUUUUGAACAAUCCCCUGUGGCACCACUAAUACCCCUUCAGCCAAUAGAUGUGCCACCUCUAGAAACCUCCAUCAUCUCUCAACAAGAUACACUACCCAUUCAUGUACCUCAACUUAUUGAAGAGGCAACUGUCACGGUAAUCACUACUCUGCCCAUUGUGCCUCAAGAUCCGAUCAGAAUGCCGAUUUCUUUUAUGCCAGCUAACCCCUCGUUGACCCCAAUCACCUCUACAGACAUAACAACAGACUAUUCUCGCACCUCAGACACGGAUACUUCUCCUCAAAUAGGCAUGGAGGUUGUGUGUGGUGGAGUGGAGGAACUUGCAGCCCCUUCAAUUGCCAUGGACAAUGAUAUCGUGGUUGGAAGCUCAGCCAGUUGUGUAUCUCUACAGCAGGAGCAAACCUCUGACAGUGAUGCUUCUAAAACCCCUGUAAGCAAGAAAUCUCGUACCCCUACCUCUAAAACAAGACGUCGUUCUAAAAAAGGCAGUGUUCCACGACGAUCGAGCAAGAGACUAUCGAGCAAGUCUCCCCAUCCAGAGAACGGUGCAUCAGAUACCGAUACAGACAGUGACUCUCAAAUGAGGAAAAUGUUGGAGGUUUUAGAGCGUGCUCCCUAUAAUCUACGAAUACCCCAAAACAACAACCUUGGAGAGAAUAUACGUUACAGUUUCAAGAAUGGAGUCAGUGUGACUGCAGUUGCUAAGAAAAAAAAGAGACAAUCUAUCAGCACUCCUAGAGACAAGCACUUGUAGCUAUAUGUAUGUACUCAUUGGCAUUAUUAUUUAGCUCAUUGCAUUACCUGCUCCCUUUUUUUUUCAGAUUCGUAUUUGCCAUUUUUAGAUCAAACUUUAA